AGAGCCAGCGACCCGUCAACAGCAGUUGGCUACGAAAAGCUGAAAAAGAAGCGGACGGCUCGUCCUCCCCCCUUCACAAUGACAAUUAGCACACCUCAAGUGUAGGUUUUUAGGUUUGUCUUGUCGUAUUCAAGACCGACAGCUAAAGCUUGUCUACGGUUUAUUGUGUAGCUGUGGGAGAUUAGAAAAACACCCCAAAGAGCGAGGAUGUUGGUCCCCGCGGGAAGAUAAUGAAGAGGCUGCGCGUUUUGUUGGUGUGCCUCAUUGUAGCUCUCCUGUGCUGGUACCCCAGUCAAUAUGUGUAUUGUUCAGAGCAAAGCUUGCCUGGCCCAGGUCAGUCUGCCGGGGACAAAAACCCUGACGGCCAGAAGCAGGAGCAGGAGCAGGACUCCACGCAACACAAGGUGUUGGAAGAAUGGGCGACACACACAUCAUACGAUAUGGGGCUAGAGACGGAGAGAGCAGCGCUAGAGCAGUUGGCAACACACAAUGUACACCAAGAACAGACUGUGAAUCCUCAAGAAGCUGAGGUAAAGGAGACCAAACCUGACCCAGAGUCUGAAACUGUACCCGUUGCUCCUGAGCCAGAACCACACGCAGAACCACAGGCCGAUUCAGACCUGCAGACCGACACCCAGGACCACGACCAGGAAGUCCCCGCGCCCUCCACUUCAGAACCAGUUCCAGCACAGGCCCAAGUGUCCACAGAUGCCCCAGCUCGCGCAGAGAUCUUAAGUGACGCCCCUGCUGCACACCCCAGCCUGGACUCGCAUCCAGCAACAUCCGCAGAUGAAGCUGAAAACACACCUACCUCACAGAGUGCCGGCCAGACCCACACAGGUGCAGUGCGGGUUGCCAGUGCAGGCGAUGAUCUCCCUGUAGACAGCUUUGUCUUUGCUGAGCACUCUGAUUCACAGUGCGGGGUCAUUCACCCCGAACUGGCAACUUGUGAAAACGCUCCUUUUGGCAGCCCUCUCUUCAGUGUGGAUGAGGCCGGCACAGAGGACCAGCGGUCAGACCAGAGUCACAGCUCUGGUCUUGAAGCAGAGGUCCAGUCUACUCCAGGUCAUGCGGACCAGGAACAACAACAACAACAGCAGCAGCAGCAGCGGCAGCAGGAGGUGGAAGAUGGGCUGUCUGAUUCAGACCUGAAGGGAAACACUUCCCAACACCACCAUGAACCGAAGGCUGGAGAUACCAGCACUGCCAGGGAGACUGACCCCUCAGUGCCCAGCAAAGAAGACAUCCCCACCUUCGAUGAGUGGAAGAAACAAGUCAUGGAGGUGGAGAAGGAGAAAAGUCAGUCUCUCCAUACCUCAACCAGCGGCAGCCCCCAUCCAGUGAAGAAGGUUCCGAAAAACUUCAAGAAUAACUACGCCUCUGUGGAGUGUGGUGCCAAGAUACUCUCUGCCAACAACGAGGCCAAGAGCACUUCAGCUAUUCUCAUGGAGAAUAUGGAUCUUUACAUGCUAAAUCCUUGCAGCAACAAAAUCUGGUUUGUGAUAGAACUCUGCGAGCCUAUUCAAGUCAAGCAGCUGGACAUUGCUAACUUUGAGCUCUUCUCAUCAACGCCUAAAGACUUUUUAGUUUCCAUCAGUGACAGAUAUCCAACCAACAAGUGGGUAAAGCUGGGUACUUUCCAUGCGCGCGACGAGCGCAUAGUCCAGAGCUUCCCACUGGAUGAACAGCUUUAUGCUAAAUAUGUGAAGAUGUUCAUCAAGUACAUAAAGGUCGAACUCCUCUCCCACUUUGGUUCAGAACACUUCUGUCCCCUCAGUCUCAUCAGGGUGUUUGGUACCAGCAUGGUGGAGGAGUAUGAGGAGAUUGCAGAAUCCCAGUACCCUUCAGAGAGACUGGAGUACUUGGACGAAGACUACGACUAUCCACCCGGAUACCAACCACCAGAGGACAAAGCCUCGAAAAACCUGCUCGGCUCAGCAACCAAUGCCAUCCUAAACAUGGUAAACAACAUUGCUGCUAACGUGCUUGGUGGCAAGCCAGAGCUGGAAGGUGGAACAGCAACAGGAGGUAAUGUAACAGCAGAGGGGAAUGAAAAGAAGGAGAGCACAGAAGUGGCACCUAAACCAGCUGAAACACCUCUCGACUCUGCCGCAUUGGAGCCUGCAGAGCCAGAACAUCCUUCAACCCACCAGGCCUCUACCGUCACCGGUGACCCCUCCACACAUUCCCCCUCGAAGUCCCCCGAAUCCCCCGAGGACAGGCAGAUUGUCACUCUUGUAGAGGAAGAGGAGGACGAAGAGCCCAGACAGUCUACCGUCACCCUCAUGGAGGAGGAGGGAGAGGAAGAAGAAGAGAAGAGAGAGGAGGACACGAGGAGGGAGGCAGACAGGAACCAGUGGGAGAGCCAGACUUACUGUCCUUUCUCCUCCUUCUCCUCUCUGUCUCUUUCCUGCAUGGCCACCCUGCCGGAGCUGCUCCACCGCUGGUGCUCCGCCAGGCUGGCGAAAGAGAGACUGCGCAGCCUCAGGCGGAGGCAGUUGAGCAUUCAAACACAGACACACCCUGAAACAAACACCCCUUCCCUCACGCACACACCCCCCUUGAUCCCUGCCCCUGUUCCCACACCUGUCAAAGAGCUCCCCCUCACGGAAAAGGCACCAGAGCCCGAGGUGCCCGUUAAGGCCCAAAAUGAGGGCAAAGUUGUGGCUGAGAUGUCCAGCACACAUCCCAACACUUACACCCCUGACACACACACUCCAGAGCUCAAUAUCCUGCUAGAGCCAAGUAGAACUGCCACCAUCCCCCCUCACAGUUUCUCAGACAUCCACAGCUCCCUGUCAUGGCCCACCCCCACCCAUGAGGAGAGGCUGCUUCCUCCCGUUAAAGAUGCAGCUCUGGACCCCGUCCCCACUCCACCCCUCCAAGCCGUCUCUAUACCGGAGACGCAACAGGCCAGCAGUGCCACCCCCUUUCUUACUAUCAGCUCUCCCCAACACCCUGAAGCCUCUGAGACGGCCUCUCUUGGUGGUGUGGUCUCUCCUGUGAAGGAGCAGCCUGUGCAGCCUCUUCCCACUGUAUCAAGGCCUGACGACCUUUUCCCCCCUCCCACUGAACUGCCACCAGCUCUACCACCGGCCGACGCUCACGCAGACGCAGCAAAGUCGGGCGCAGACGGUGGGGACUCACAGAAACACACUUCUCAGACUCACGGGGAGCAGGGGGACUCUGUCACUCAGACUGGAGAGCCCCAUCGAGUGGAAGACACGGUGGAGGAGGACCUGUUGUCCACCAACGGGAAUGGCAAUGUCCAACGGACGGCUACAGACUUCUAUGCAGAGCUGCAGAACGGAGGCGAUUAUAACGGUGGGGCAGUGAACGGGAACGGCGUGUUAUUGAACGGGGGAGCGGUGCACGGCUCCAGCCAGAAGGAGAGCGUGUUCAUGAGGCUGAACAACAGGAUCAAAGCCCUCGAGAUGAACAUGAGUCUGUCCAGCAGAUACCUGGAGGAGCUGAGCCAGAGAUACCGCAAACAGAUGGAAGAAAUGCAGAGAGCGUUCAAUAAGACCAUCAUCAAACUGCAGAACACCUCCCGCAUCGCUGAGGAGCAGGACCAGAAGCAGACGGACUCCAUCCAGGUCCUGCAGAGCCAGCUGGAGAACGUCACCAAACUGAUGCUCAAUCUCACCGCUACAGUCGGCCAGCUGCAGAGAGAGGUAUCUGACCGUCAGAGCUACUUGGUGGUCUCUCUGGUUCUGUGUCUGUCUCUGGGCCUCCUGCUGUGUCUGCAGUGCUGCCGCAGCUCCUCGCCCAGCCCCAACACCACUGCUGCUGCCCUUCCCAAGAGCAACCACUAUCCCAGCCCCAAGAGAUGCUUUUCCUCCUACGACGACAUGAGCCUGAAGCGCAGGGUCACCUGUCCGCUUGUACGUUCCAAGUCAUUCCACUUGUCCUCUACAGAAGUAGGUCCAGAUGACUUGUACAUUGUAGAACCUCUAAGGUUUUCUCCAGAAAAAAAGAAAAAGCGCUGCAAGACAAAGUCUUUGGACAAGGUUGAGAUUCUGAAGGCGUCCGAUUCCUCUGCUCCGCUCACAAACGGAGGUCUGAAGUGCAACGGUUUCCAACCAUGCCUCCCUGCGCCGCCAACACCCCCUCCUCUUCCUCCUCCUCCUCCUCCCCCACCUCUUCCUCCCCCUACUUCUCUCCCAGCGUCACCUCCUCCCUCUGUGGAGGAAGUGUCACUGCUGCCCACUUGCACCUCCGAGUUCCCCUCGGAGACCAGCAGCUGCAGCUCGUCCACCCACUCCGAGGAGUCGUACACGAGCCGCCUCCCUCCGCCCUCUCCCAUCUUCCCCUCCUCGGGCCUGUGCAACGGCCACAGCCUGCCUUUCCUCCUCCAGCAGCCCCCCGCCAAAACCCGUCAGGAGAAGCGCUCGACGAAGCGGCGGAAAUCGCGGCAGACGGAGCUGCAGUUCCCCACGAUGCCGAGCGGGAGCGUCGGCACUCUGCCCAGUCUGCAGCAGCUCAUGAAGGGAAACAAGGAGAUCAGAGUCGGGACCAUCGGGGUGACAGCCGUCACCGGACAUGUCUGAAUACUCACACACACUCAACUUUCUAGUCACAGCUACACACCCACAUACACACACUAUACGGUAGCAGACUUGCGUAGUAAGGAGAUCUUACUGCAUCCCAAAGAACCACAUUUCCCAUGAGCACCCAGGCGCACCGUGGAACUGAAGUGGCUAUGGCAGCAGUAGCUCCACAUGAUCCAGUCCUUAUCCACUCCUGUCAAAGACCUGUUUACGGUUAUGUGCCUUUAUAUCUGUUCUAAACCUUUUAAUGCUUAAAAAAAAAAAAAAAAAAAAAAAAAAAUCACGACAUUUUAAAGAAUCGUUGAUGUGGACAGAGAGACACAGCGGUGGGGGAGUGACACACUGAUAGUCAAAUCCAUUGAAGUGUGUUCAAGAUGUUUGUUUUUUUUUUCUACUGGAUAAGCACAUUGUCCCACGACAGUUGAGCACCAGUGAGGAGAGGCGCCGGCCUCAGCUCUACGUUCCUUCACCCUUCACGGGAACAUCGAGAAGUAUUAGGCUACUCUUACCGGAUGAAAUGUGUCGUUACGAGAGAACUGCCGAGCAUGACAAACUACUUCUCUCUAUUCCUUAUUUUCUUUCCAUCUUCCAUUGCCAUCGUUCGAUCCAUUCUUUUCUGUCUUUGCAUCGCAUCCUAACAUGACUGCAGGUGUUUAAACUCUCGUUGUACCUUUUGAUUUCUCUUUUUCCUCUGUCUCUGUCAGCCUGUUCCAAACUAACCAGCAAGAGCUGAAUGAAGAACAAUCCCGAGAAAAGGUCCGAAUGUUAGAAUGUUAGUCCCUUUCAGUUUAGCGUCCCAUUUAACAAACACGGUUGCGGUAGUUUGCAGAUUCUGCACGUUCACGAUGAAAUCUCCGCACGCUGUGAGCUUGGGCUGGGCCUGAAAAGCUCGCUGACGCAGUGGAACGAAGAGAUAAUUUCCGUCUGUUACAGUACAGAUUGUGACUGCGAGGGAAUUGGUGGAAUUGGUUCAUACAGGCUGGAGGCAAAAACAUUUGGAUUUUUUUAUGAUCUUUUUUUCUGCAAUAUUUUUUUUAUUAUUUCUAUCAUCCAUAACUGAGCCAUGCUCCUCUCUCUCUCUUUUAUCGUUGCUGGUGUGGUUUGUUUUGAAUAAUUCUCACGACCAGUAUGGAGGCAAACGUUUCCUGUUCAGAGUACAGUGUACUGUAGAAGCACAUUGGGUGUCAAAGCUGAAUGUUUACACUUCCGUCACACACACACACACAGACACACACACACACACACACACACACACACACACACACACAUAUCCUACUAGGACCCUGCAGCUGAGUCUGACAGGCCAGUUUUAUUUAUCUAUUUAUUUAUUUAAAUGACUACAGAGUUUUCUAACCGAGGCACUGGCCUGUCAGUCUUUCACACCUGCAGCGUCACAGUAGUUUGUUACAGUAAUAUUAAAAUAAUGUAAUACACUCAUGCAUGCUUACACAUGACCAUGGAGGAUGGCUCAUACAUCUUUUUUUUUUUUUUUU